AUGAUUGGUUUUUGGAUUGUAAGAGGUCUUAAUAGACCUUCUAUGCAGUUUGAGGUUAGUAAUUGGGUCCCGAUAUUAUGCACCAGCUUCCUUUCUGAUUAUUUGUCCUCUUACAUGAACAAUCUUUACCUGUGGAAUCCAUCGAUUCGGAAGAUGAUGGCCCUUCUGCCAGUACGUGUCACCUAUGAAUUACACGGUUGUCAUAUGCAUAGCAUGGGAUUCGUCUUCAAUUCCUGGACUAAUGACUUUAAGGUUGUCAGGAUUGUGUAUCUGGACGACGGAGUCAUUGGUUGUCUAACUCCUCUGGAGGUUGACAUUUUCAGUCUGAGCACAGGCACAUGGCGGGACAUCAGCCAUUUGGGUCUUAAACAUACCAUCUGCGAGCGGGCUCCCCAGGCUUUUCUGAAUGGGGCUGCACAUUGGCUUGCUUACAAUCGGAGAAAGAGGGACAAUUUCCUCAACUUGAUCGUGUCAUUCCACAUGGGUGACUAG